UGUACCACAAUACCAAUGAUCUGGUCAGUGUAGUUGAUCGACCACCGUUUCCUUAGUUUUCCUCAGCUCUUGGGGCGAACCCAUGUCCUCUGGCCAUCACUGACAUUCACAAUCGUGCUCUAUCAGCUAAACCAGACAGAGGAUCAUGCCGGCUGGGGUGUCAUGGCCGAGAUACCUGAAGAUGUUGGGAGCCAGUAUUCUCUCCAUGUUCGCUGGAGCACAAGUUGUUCAUCAGUAUUACAGACCGGACCUGACUAUUCCUGAGAUUCCACCCAGACCUGGAGAACUGCGGACCGAACUGUUAGGACUGAAAGCUGAGGAGGACAGCAGCGCUGAAAAGCAAUGAUGACCAUGCCUUGUGAUUUUACAUGUAUAGAUAUGUACAGUACCUAUAUUGUGUAAUAUAAUGUACAUACAAUAUGUAAUGUGUGUUUAUCAUGACCUACUUCUUGGAAACAAAUGUGUUAAAUAUAUUUCUUGUGCUUAUCUAACCAGGCAUUCA